GCCUGCCUGACCUCAGGCGAAGGGAGGGACAGAGCCUGGUGUCCCACGAGGGAGGGUGGCGGUGGGAGGGGGCAUCUCGGUGCAGGAACUUGGCUAGCACCGGCGCGGAAAACCGAGCGGUUCAGGUUUGGCGGAGCAGGGAAGGUACAAAGAACGGCUCUCCAGACAUCCAACCUAGGGCAUUCCCUGCCUGGACAGGAUACUUGGCUCCCUCUGCGUCAUUCCGCUGCUGCCGGGAAAGGUGGAUGGUGGGUAUGGACCAGAGCCAAGAGCCUGGGACGCAGGCAGAGGAUUUCCUAGAGCCACGGGCUGAUGCAAGCCCUCGCGGGAAAAUGCGAGAUAACUGAACAGAGAAAGGUACUUGCAGAGUCAGGGUGAGAGCAGCGCAGCGGUGGACGGAGAGGCAUGGCAGGGCUUCGUGUCCACUCCGUUCUGGUGACUGGGGCCAACCGGGGAAUCGGCCUGGGGCUUGUCCGGCAUUUCCUGGGGAUGCCAAACCCACCCGAGUGGGUGUUUGCGGCUUGUCGGGACCCCAAGGGACAGCGAGCGCAGGAGUUACAGAAUUUGGCCUCCAAGCACCCCAACCUGGUCAUCGUCCCGCUCGAAGUGACCGACCCCGCCAGCAUCAAGGCGGCUGCAGCCAGAGUCGGGGAGCAGCUGGGGGGCUCGGGGCUGAACCUCCUCAUCAACAACGCUGGAAUUGCCAAGUUGAACUUGCUUGAUACCGAGACGCUGGAGGACAUGACCCAGGUUUACACCACCAACACAGUUGCACCCCUGCUGCUGGGCCAGGCAUUCCUGCCCCUGCUGAAGAAGGCUGCCGAGGGGAGCCCGGGCUCGGCACUGAGCUGCAGCAAGGCGGCCAUCGUCAACAUGUCCAGCUCUGGUGGGUCCAUCGCUUCUCCCUCUGGUUGGGAUCUGAUGCAAGUUGUCUCGUACCGCUGCAGCAAGGCUGCUCUGAACAUGCUGACCAAGUGCCAGUCCCUGGGCUACCGGGAGCACGGCGUCCUCUGCGUUGCUCUGCACCCCGGCUGGGUGCAAACUGACAUGGGGGGCUCAGCCGGAUACACGCCCCCCGUGACAGUGGACGCCAGCGUGCGAGGGAUGCUGAAGGUGCUCUCCUCCCUCUCCGAGAAGGACACUGGCACCUUCCUGGACUGGGAAGGGAAGGUCGUGCCCUGGUGAGAAGCCGGCCCGGCCUGCUGGCAGCAGGGCCCCGUGCCACUGCUCCCUCCUGCCCUGCGUCCUCAAUAAACCCCUGCCGAGAGCCACCAGCUCCGCUCUGCGGCCCCGCUCCUUGUCCCAGGCUGCGGCGGUGCCUGUGGCCGUCGCUGGGGUCCCCACGAGUGACGGCCCGUGGGACCCAUGGCACCAUGGCCACCGCCUGGAGA